GCCCCCCGCCCGCUCGCCCGCCCGCCCCGGCCGCGUCGGAGGGCCGGCAGCGGGGCUGGAUGUGCCCGGCUCCCCCCGCGCUGAGGUGGGCAGCGAUGCAGAAGGCAGGCGGCAGCUUCGCCUCCGCCGAGAGACACCCGCUCAAGAUGGCAGAUGUGUGUUGAGUUUGGGGGGCUGCGAUCUCGCGUCGUUCGUGGCGGCGUUGCCAUGAAUAACAGGCGUCCUUGCACCGAUGGCCCCCAUGUACGAAGGGCCUGUGCUGACAUCUGUCUCUGGAGGGAUGAAGUAAGAGCAGUCACAGACAGCUCCUACCCUGAAAAGUGGGAAAGGUAUGGCCUCGCAUGUGCAAGUUUUCUCUCCUCAUACCCUUCAGUCAAGUGCCUUCUGUAGCGUGAAGAAACUGAAAGUGGAGCCGAGUUCAAACUGGGAUAUGACUGGGUACGGCACACACAGCAAAGUCUACAGCCAGAGCAAGAACGUGCAGUCCUCCCAAGCAGCCGCCGCAGCAGCCGUCAACGCCUCCCUCCAGAUCCCCAAUCCGAGCAUCCCCUACGAACAGACCAUCAUCUUCCCAGCAAGCACGGGGCACAUCGUGGUGACAUCUGCCAACAGCACUUCUGGUGUGGUUGCAGUGUCUGGGCAAACACUGGGCGGGCCACACAACCUGAUGCGUCGCAGCACUGUGAGCCUUCUGGACACCUACCAAAAAUGUGGACUUAAGCGCAAGAGUGAGGAGAUUGAGAACACAAGCAGCGUGCAGAUUAUCGAGGAGCAUCCACCAAUGAUUCAGAACAAUGCCAGUGGGGCCACUGUAGCCACCGCCACCACUUCCACAGCCACCUCCAAAAACAGUGGCUCCAACAGUGAAGGGGAUUACCAGCUGGUGCAACAUGAGGUGCUCUGUUCCAUGACCAACACGUACGAAGUGUUAGAGUUUCUGGGCCGUGGAACCUUCGGACAAGUAGUCAAAUGCUGGAAACGUGGCACUAAUGAGAUUGUGGCUAUCAAGAUCCUAAAAAACCACCCUUCCUAUGCCCGGCAAGGCCAGAUUGAAGUGAGCAUCCUGGCUCGGCUGAGCACGGAAAGUGCGGAUGACUACAACUUUGUCCGUGCUUACGAGUGCUUCCAGCACAAGAAUCACACAUGCUUGGUCUUUGAAAUGUUGGAGCAGAACCUCUAUGAUUUCCUAAAACAAAAUAAAUUCAGUCCCUUGCCCCUUAAGUACAUUCGACCAAUUCUCCAGCAGGUAGCAACUGCCCUAAUGAAGCUGAAAAGCCUGGGACUGAUUCAUGCUGAUCUCAAACCAGAGAACAUCAUGUUGGUAGACCCAUCCCGACAGCCAUAUAGGGUCAAGGUCAUAGACUUUGGUUCAGCUAGCCAUGUAUCUAAAGCUGUGUGUUCUACCUACCUUCAAUCCAGAUAUUACAGAGCCCCUGAAAUCAUCCUUGGUUUACCAUUUUGUGAAGCAAUCGAUAUGUGGUCAUUGGGAUGUGUCAUUGCAGAGCUGUUUUUGGGCUGGCCGUUAUACCCGGGAGCUUCGGAGUACGAUCAGAUUCGCUAUAUUUCACAGACGCAGGGCUUACCAGCAGAGUAUUUGUUAAGUGCAGGGACAAAGACUACGAGGUUUUUCAACAGGGAUACAGACUCACCAUAUCCUUUGUGGAGACUGAAGACGCCAGAUGAUCAUGAGGCAGAGACGGGGAUUAAGUCGAAGGAAGCAAGAAAGUAUAUUUUCAACUGUUUGGAUGAUAUGGCACAGGUAAACAUGACAACGGAUUUGGAAGGAAGUGAUAUGUUGGUGGAAAAGGCAGACCGGCGGGAGUUUAUAGAUCUGUUAAAGAAGAUGUUGACGAUAGAUGCAGAUAAGAGGAUAACACCCAUUGAAACUCUGAGCCACCCUUUUGUCACCAUGACGCACUUGCUCGAUUUCCCUCACAGCACACAUGUCAAGUCCUGCUUCCAGAACAUGGAGAUUUGCAAGCGGCGGGUGAAUAUGUAUGACACAGUGAACCAGAGCAAGACGCCAUUCAUCACCCACGUAGCCCCAAGUACAUCAACCAACUUGACCAUGACUUUUAACAACCAGCUGAACACAGUCCACAACCAGACCACCAACCUGGCUCCCACCUCCUCCAGUGCCACUAUUUCCUUAGCCAACCCCGAGGUCUCCAUACUAAAUUACCAAUCUGCACUCUACCAGCCCUCAGCGGCGUCCAUGGCUGCGGUGGCCCAGCGGAGCAUGCCCCUGCAGACAGGAACAGCGCAGAUCUGUGCCCGCCCCGACCCCUUACAGCAAGCUCUCAUCGUCUGCCCACCAGGCUUCCAAGGGUUACAAGCCUCCCCUUCAAAGCAUGCUGGGUAUUCGGUUCGGAUGGAGAACGCAGUUCCCAUUGUCACUCAGGCUCCUGGGGCCCAGCCUCUUCAGAUCCAGCCAGGACUCCUCGCACAGCAAGCGUGGCCCAGUGGCACUCAGCAGAUCCUGCUCCCUCCUGCCUGGCAGCAGCUGACUGGGGUGGCCACCCACACAUCUGUCCAGCAUGCGACCGUCAUCCCGGAGUCCAUGGCAGGCACCCAACCACUGGCAGACUGGAGGAACACGCACGCUCACGGCAGCCACUACAACCCCAUCAUGCAGCAGCCCACGCUGCUGGCCAGCCACGUGACCCUGCCCGCCGCCCAGCCCGUCAACGUGGGCGUCGCCCACGUCAUGCGCCAGCCGCCCGCCACCACCUCCGCCAGGAAGAGCAAACAGCACCAGUCAGCGCCCCGAAACACAUCCACCUAUGAAGUUUCAUCCUCUCAGUCCAUCAGCUCGCCCCAGCGGUCGAAACGAGUGAAGGAGAACACGCCUCCCCGCUGUGCCAUGGUGCACAACAGCCCUGCCUGCAGCACCUCCGUCACCUGCGGCUGGGGCGACGUGGCCACCAGCACCACGCGGGAGCGGCAGCGGCAGACGAUCAUCAUUCCCGACACCCCCAGCCCCGCAGUGAGUGUCAUCACUAUCAGCAGCGACACGGAUGAAGAGGAGGAGCAGAAGCAUGCACCCACCAGCACCUUGUCCAAGCAAAGGAAGAAUGUCAUCAGCUGUGUCACCGUGCAUGACUCCCCCUACUCCGAUUCCUCCAGCAACAACAGCCCUUACGCCGUGCAACAUCGUGCAGGGCAGAAUAACGGGAACAGCUACGACACCAAAGGGGUUCCAGAGACUCACUGCAGUGGGAACCCCCGAACGAUCAUCGUGCCACCACUGAAAACCCAGGCCAGUGAGGUGUUGGUAGAGUGCGAUAGCCUGGCACCAGUCACCACCAGUCACCACUCAUCCUCCUACAAGUCCAAGUCCUCCAGCACCGUGACCUCCACCAGCGGUCACUCUUCAGGGAGCUCGUCUGGAGCCGUUGCCUAUAGGCAGCAGCGACCAGGAGCACAUUUCCAGCAGCAGCAGCCUCUUAAUCUAAGUCAGGCCCAGCAGCACAUCACGACCGACCGCACAGGGAGUCACCGGAGACAGCAAGCCUACAUCACUCCAACGAUAGCUCAGGCCCCGUACUCUUUCCCGCACAAUAGUCCCAGCCAUGGUACAGUUCAUCCCCACUUGGCCGCGGCGGCCGCUGCUCACCUGCCCACCCAGCCCCACCUGUACACAUACACCGCCCCUGCCGCCCUGGGCUCCACGGGCACCGUCGCGCACCUGGUGGCCUCCCAAGGGUCUGCACGGCACGCGGUGCAGCACACCACCUACCCCGCCAGCAUCGUCCACCAGGUCCCUGUCAGCAUGGGCCCGCGCGUCCUGCCCUCACCCACCAUCCACCCGAGCCAGUACCAGGCUCAGUUUGCCCACCAGACCUAUAUCAGUGCUUCUCCAGCCUCCACAGUCUACACUGGAUACCCACUGAGCCCUACCAAGGUGAACCAGUACCCUUACAUCUAAACACUGGAAUAAAAGAGCGAGAGACGCACCCAUCCCGGGGGGAGUGAGGCAGCCGCUUUUGUAUUGAAGAACAUGAGAAACUUAACAAUGCAAUGGGAGGCUCGUGUGAAACUUGAACGAAGGAGACUUUAAGGAAGAAAAGAAAAAGAGGAAAGAAGGGGGAGAACCAAUUCUACAAUUUUUAUUUAAAAAAA